ACAGUCGUAGGAGGGCGCUCGAGUAGACAGCACGUCGGGCUGCGCCGUCUCCGCCCGCCACCGCUCCGUCACGCGCACCGACCCGACGAACAUGCGGCCCGCCGUCACCGAGUAGACUCACCCGCUUUCUACUCCCGAACGGUACAAACGCGACCGUCUCUGAUCCGUUACGUUGUUGACAUGUUUACGUUUACCCGAUCAGUAAAGUUUUCUCGGCCGGCACUAAUUGAAUAGUUCGUAUACGCUCCGGCCGAACCGUUGCGAAACUGUACAAGUGAAGUUUAAAAAUACAUUGGCACUAGUAUAGAGUGACGUACGAGAUGUGUUCGUGCAGCAAAUUCUAUGACUUCUGGAGAAACUCCUGCGGUGCAGGCAUGUCGAUAGACGAAGGCCGACAGUCACAAAGGCCAUACCGCUAUGGCAUGGUGCUACUAUGUGCCGGUGCCUUGAUCAACUGGUUAGGCCUGGCAGAGGACUACGCUGAACCAGUACGCUACGUAGGAGUGGCCUGCAUCGUCGCGGGCGCCCUGCUCAUCUGCGCUGCAAUGUGCUGCUGGCUACAGUCCCCUGCGCGCCAACCACAAAGUGACCGCGCUUCGCCAGAUACACAUCAGAUUGACGAUCCCAUACACGUGAUAUCGAUGCCAGACGAAGAGACUAUGCAACAAAAGCCACCAGACUACGACACCGUGGCGGGCGCACCGCCAACAUAUGACGACGCCAUCAAGCUAAACCCCGCGCGAUUGCUGCCCGCCACUAGCAGCGCGCGCGCUGACCUACCCCCCGUCACGGAGGUGUCGAUCAUCCCAGGCAUGCCUGACGCUCCCCCUGCCCCUGUAUCCCACAUAGCUCCCGUCCACCGGUCACAGAUCCCCAAAACUCCACCACCACCCUAUAACCCAACACAUGCGAUCAGAUGAAAGCUCUACCGAACAACAGUGUACUUCAAAACGAAUGCUGUUUCAUGUGAUGAGAGUAAUUAUUACUAAAAUAUAAAUAAUAAAGUACUCGUGUACUUUUCGCGUAGUUGCGGUAUUAUAAUAUUAAUCCUACUUACAUAUCCACACAUGAAACGAUUUUAAUUUUAUAAGUUAUCAGUGUAGAAAGCGAUGUGUACUUAUGUGAUAUUAAGAAAGUUGUAAUAUUAGUUACUUAUUGAACCUACUGUACAUAAUAUGAAAGUUUUGUAUUUUAAUUUUGUUAACUGUAGUUUAUAAGUUAAAAAUCUUCCAAUUUUAAACGUUCCAAAAUCCAAUAACGGCAAGCUUUUUACUGUACAAUACGAUAACAGUGUUUUAUAGGAGUAGUUAGCAAUAGUAGCACAGUGCCAUUCUUAUGAUAUUAUGUUAAUAUCUUCUAACCGAUUCGUUAGCACAUUCUUAUGGAUUUAGUGUUAAACGCACCAUAUUUUAUUAGACUGUUUUUCGAGUAAGCGUACUUCCAGUAUGAAGACAUUUCAAGUUGAUAUAAUUUUACACAUCUUUUGUAAUACCUAUCAACACCAAAAUAAUUUGGUCAGGAGAGUUUUGUAUUAUUUUUUUAUUUAUUUGCCUAUUAUCCGUUCCUAAUUGUAGACUCAAGAAAUGAUCUUAUUUAUUAGAUAUUACAUACCUAUUUGAAUAAUCCGAUCCGUUUCUCGAUUCUAGUCUGCAAAUAAACAUCAUUAGUGCGUAUAUCUAAUAUAGUUUGUAAUUUGUACAUAUUUUGAUUACACAACUAAAGUCCCCAACCAAAGAAACAGGAAUUAGAGGUUCUUAGACGUAAUUGUUGCAUUGAAAUAUCAUCGCGUGUGUAUUAAUAUCAUUUGUGCCCUUUUCUACAUUAUAUGUAAUAUAAAAUGAUUGCGUCAUUUGAUUUUUAAUUGUUGUACAAUUCUGAUAUAACAUGUACCUAUCAACAUGCUAGCUGCAGUUGAUUUGAAGUUUUUCAGGGACAACUUGUCACUAUACUACACUCAAGUGGUCGUAUUAUUCCUUUGUUAAAAGUAUUACUCCUACAUGACUUAAAACUCAUGAGUUCAGGACCAUUGUUUACAUUUAAUUCUCUCGAUAAAAUAAUUAUUACAAUAUGGCUUUCAAACCUCAGAAAAAAUAAUUACUUGGCCUAAUAACUAAGGCCGAUAGGAUAAUGAAUUUAUCAUUGACUGUAAAAACGCUUCGAAGCGAUCGUAUUAUGAAUUUAUUGUGGGACCAAUGCCUAACUUUAAAUGUUUGUGUGCUUUUGCUACUUGAUGUAACAAAUUGAAAAAUAAUCCGUACUAUGCGUGCCUGCAAGACUUAUUAUAGAUACUUUAAGAUUUACCUACAAUGCUGAAGUUGUGCAUUUAUUAUUUGUACAUUGUACAAAAUAAAUUUAAAAUGUACAUACAUAAAUAAAUGUUGUUGAUUA